GAAGCAGCAUCCAGGAGAACAUCGCAUCGCGCCUCGGAUGAGGUGGUUGAGGAUUUAGCGAGGGAGGGAUGCAAAAAUAAAAAAUAAAAAUACUACUAAAAUGCGCACACCAGAGGAUGGCAUUGUGGAGCGUGUGUCUGCAUGCACAAUGAGCUCAGCGCCUGUGGGGUGAGGACAUCGCAGCACCAGUGAAGAUGUUCUGCGCCAGGCUGAAGGAGCUGAAGAUAUCCGGAGAGUGUCCUUUCUCCAAAAGCAACCAGCAGCAGAAGGAAGAAGAUGAAGAGCAGCAGCAGCAGCGUGGAGAUGAUACCGGGGAGAGCUCCGCCGUGCACGGCAGGAGAAUUGCGCACCAUCCCGCUCCCAGACUGAGGAGCAGCAGAGCCAAAGUCAACCUACAUACGCUCGGAGAGAGCAUUCGCAAACUGGCUUGUCCCCAGUUUCAGAGGCUGCACGCUGCCGUCCAAAGAAUGAUGAGGCAAAGCAGGGAAUCUGAAAGCGUUGUAGUUUGUUGCACAGACUGCAGAGAAGAACCGGAGCAUUUAUUGGAGAUGAUGACCGCUCACUCGGCCAAAACAGCGAUCCCGAUGGAGGCCUUGAGAGUGUCUCUCGGCGAGGAGCUCUUCCACAUGUGCUACGAGGAGGACGGGCACAUUUUGCGGGUGGUGGGGGGCGCGCUUCACGACUUCCUCAACAGCUUCAACGUGCUGCUGAAGCAGAGCAACGCGGCCCGAGCAGACGGAGGGGAUUGUGUAAACCAAGCAUCCGUGCUUUGCUUAGACAAAGAUCCGGGUCUGCUCACUGUCCACUUCUUCAACCCUCGCGCCACCACCGAGCUCUUCUUCCCUGGGGUCAUCAAGGCAGCCGCCCGUCUGCUGUAUCACACCGCUGUGGAUGUGUUGAUGGACCCCCCCGGCGCCAAAGACAGCAUCCUUCAAUCCAACCCGCAGCACAGUCUUCUAUACACAGUGGUUGUCAAGGGGGAUAAAAACCUGAGCCCCAGUCCUCUGCGGGCGACCUCAGCUGGGACCCUUCCUACCUCUCUGUUUUCCACUAUCUUCCCCUUCCAUCUCAUCCUGGACCAGGACCUGGUCCUAGUGCAAAUCGGACACGGGCUCAGAAAGCGACUGAGCAGGAAGGACGGACUUCGGCGUGCUUCGACCUUCCAAGAACACUUCUCCAUCGUGUGCCCUCAGAUCAAAUGUACAUUUCAAGGCAUCCUGACCAUGCUCAACACCCAGUUUGUCCUUCGGAUCAAGCACGGGGUCUCCGGAUCUGACAACACAGUAAAGCUCAUGGACCUCAAGGGCCAAAUGAUCUACGUUUCCGAGUCCAACGUGAUCUUGUUCUUGGGCUCGCCGUGUGUGGAUAAGCUGGAGGAGCUAACGGGCCGCGGCCUCUACCUGUCCGACAUCCCCAUUCACAACGCACUGCGCGACGUGGUCCUGGUCGGCGAGCAGGCCAAAGCGCAGGACGGCCUGAAGAAGCGUCUCAGCAAGGCCAAAGCGGCAUUGGAGCAGGCCCACCAGGCGCUUGAGGAGGAAAAGAAGAAGACCGUGGACCUCCUGUUCUCCAUCUUCCCCGGCACCGUAGCUCAGCAGCUGUGGCAGGGCCAGACGGUCCAAGCCAAGAAUUUUGAGCGGGUCACCUUGCUGUUUUCUGACCUGGUGGGCUUCACAGCCGUUUGCUCGCACUGCACGCCUAUGCAAGUGAUCACCAUGCUCAACGAGCUGUACACCAGGUUUGACCACCAUUGUGGGGAGCUUGAUGUUUACAAGGUGGAGACCAUUGGGGAUGCGUAUUGUGUCGCCGGUGGCCUGCAUAAGGAGAGUGACACUCAUGCAGUCCAGAUUGCACUGAUGGCCUUAAAGAUGAUGGAGCUUUCCGAUGAAGUCAAGACGCCAACUGGAGAACCAAUACAGAUGCGUAUCGGCCUGCACACUGGAUCAGUGCUGGCCGGUGUAGUCGGAGUGAGGAUGCCACGUUAUUGCCUUUUCGGAAAUAACGUCACCCUGGCCAACAAGUUUGAGUCGUGCAGCCAACCUCGAAAGAUCAACAUCAGCCCCACGACGCACAGAUUGCUGAAGGAGCGUCCAGAGUUUGUUUUCAUUCCCAGGAGCAGGCAGGAGCUUCCGGCCAACUUCCCGGAGGACAUUCCUGGUGUUUGUUACUUUUUAGAGGCCUCCUUCAAAUCUUCACAACUGAAACGGAAAUGAAGUCCAGCCGCCGCAGAGAGGCUCCUGACUCUUCUUUACGAACACUCAUAUCAGUGCUUCUAUAUUAGAGUUGUCCAGAUCUUGAUGUCGCUAAGUGUCUGUGUCUUGCGGUCAUUUCAAAAUGAAGUGGACCCCCGCUAUUAGCGAGAGAUGGAGACUGAGCUUUCCGCGAGUAAGUGACGCUCUCAUAAAAGUGAUUAUAAUUUCCGUAUUAAUCGUUUAAACCAGGGGUGUCAAACUCAUUUUUGUGGUGGACCACAUCGUAGGUAUGGUUUACCUCGGAGGGCCGUUAUGACUGAACUAGGGAUGGGCGAGUACCGAUGCCAGGUGUCGGCAUCGGUCUGAUACCGCCCACAUUUCAAGGUAGAUGGUACUUGCGAAUGCUGCCGAUACCAACCACAGAUACUUAAGGCAAAAAAACAAACAAACAAACAAACAAAAAUCUGACAUAAAGUCCUACACGGCAGUAGUUGGCACUACACUGCGACCUUUGACACAUCGGUGAUUCAUUAUGUGGGUCAGAAAGAAAGGUCUUUGUUCACAAUUAUCUGUCAUUGUGUGAAUUGAAAUUUGAUAUAUCAAAAGUACUCGUCAUAUUGGUAUCGGUCAGUAUUUAGGAGUGAAUACUUGGACUGGUUAUCAGUCCGAAAACAAGUUGUAUUGAACAACCUUACUAUGAACCCAUACAAAUGACACCCAAAUAUUAUUGCAUCGUUCCAACACAUUAAUGAAUAACUAGUUUUGAAAUUAGAAGUCAGUAAAAAAUAGUUUAUACAUUAGUAAUUCAGUAAUACUUUUUUCAAUUUAUUUUAAAGGGGGAUUGGUAAAAAAUAAAAAAUAAAUUAAAAAAGUAACAACAAUUCUGAUGAUGAUAAAGAAUUACUGUAGCAAAGCAAGUCCAGUAUAAAACAAAGAACAUUUGAGUUACAGGAGUUACAUCGAUGGUGCCGAUGCUGUGGGGCGGCCUGUGCUGUUGAGAAAUGCCGCUAGGCCAAAACAGCAGUUAUGCGUGCUUCGGUGUUUACUGACCUGAAGUGACAACACGAACUGGCGGUAGUAGAUGGGUUGUAAUAUAUUGCAAUACAAUAUCGUAUGUACUGCAGACGGUAUUUUCCCACGGGAAAAAAAAUUCGAUUUGGCGUUUUUCAGCCAAUAACGGAGGUAAGGUUAAAAACAAGAGAAAGGUGAAUUCACGUAUACAGGCGGGGGUCCACUGUGCAAUUAUGCAGCAUUGACGAAAACUGGGAAGUCAACUUGGACCCUCAACAUAAGAGCUCCAAUCUGAGAGUUUAACGUUGUUAUAAAUGCACCGCAACCAUCAAUGCACCCCCAGCUUCACAACGACACUUUCAAACAUAAUACACAAUGGAACCUUUGAGGUUUUUUUUUUAUCGGCUCCGUGACACUGGUUUACUUUCAAGUUGCUGUGAUUCCAAAACUAUUUUUUUGCCCAUAGCAAAUAAUGAAGUCAAACAAUUAAUUCUAGGCUAAAACCAUUCAACCUUAAUUAACCGAACUGUACAGGGAAUGUUUUAAUGGACAUUUGAACCCUCCCAACCAUCAUAGCAUAAAAAUCAAUUUAAAUUUUUGUUGAAAAAACUAAGCACGAAGUGUCACAUUACACAUGAGAUUUUCAAUUUGAAGUUUUGGUUGACUUUUAAGACAUGCAUUCUUUUUUCAGAUGUGUAUAUUAAACUCUAAAUUUCACCACUUUGGGGGUAUUCAACUUCGGAGCAAUGUUGUGUAUAAGUUAUGGUAGCAUUUGAACAAAACCCCAACAACGCAAUAAGUAGCCUGAUGCACUUCCUUAUCGCGGCUGUCAGCCAUUUUUAUUUCUGCCGUGCAAUCCGACCUUCUAAGGUCCAUUUAGAAAUAUCCCCUCCUCCCCAGCAGUCUUGAAUGCAGCAUUAAUACCGAGUUUAUUUUGAUUGGACCUCUAAAUAUCAAGGCAUCAGUGUUUGAUCGGACACGAGUCUUGUAAUAUUGUCCAUCUGUGCAGACAAUCACUGCAGGACGAGUCAGUUCUAAAAAUAUUAAUUUCAAACCCUAAUUUAAGGCACUGAUUUUCUUUCUUUAGACUGUUUUUGUUAUAUUUUAAAAAAAAUUUUUUUAUUAAGAUUGCAAUGCAAAAAGAAAUUAAUUAUACCAAAAAGUACUAGUGACAUAUGAAAAAAGUAUAGGUGACAAUUUAGAAUCUAUAUAUUUAGACUAUAUAGAUUCUAAAUUAUUUUCCAAUGCUAAGCUAGAAUGAGAACAAAAUAUUUUUUAACCUAGAUUUCUCCCGUUUUGGAACUUUCUGUCUUCCUGCUUUCACCUUGACAGGACUGGGAAAUGUUAACAACAACAAAAAAACAUUGAAUUGGCUCAGUGUAUUGUCAAUAUUUUGGAAAAGAGGUCAAAAACAUACAUAUCGACUUAUAAAGUUUUACAAUGUAUCUACAAUCAAGAUUCACAGAGCAGACUCAGGUGCCUUAUGGAAGCACGAUCGGACAUGUUUGUGUAAAAAAUAAAAAUAAAAAUAAAAAAAGUUGAUCACUGUUUCUUCCGAUAUGAAUGCAAGCCAAAUUAUUCCAUCAAAGUAUAUAUUUUAAAUACAUUCAUUAUACAUUCCUGUAGUGCAGUUUCCUAGUAAAGUAUUUUUACUGUUUUCACUCUACACGUUUAUACUCUAUUUAUUACAUUGUUUUCAUAGCACAAAGAGCAUAUAAGACAAGAAUACAAUGAAUGUCCUUCAG